GUGAAACUUGUAGUUUUCCGAUUGUUCUUGGAGAAAGAAUUACAGUCAAAAAUAAUAUAAUUUCUUUUGAUCAAUUCAAUGUUGGACUUCUCAAGAGAUUAAUCUUGGAGGAGAGAGACGAUAUUAGUAGCUUUAAAAUGUGUCUUUGGAAGGUUGGGAUUGAUGAAAACGAUGAAAACAUAGAAAAACUUAAAAAUACCGAAAUUGACAUUAAAAAUGAAUUUGGAGGUGUUAAGCUGAACGAUUCUAAAUUGGUUCAAAACGUUUUCUCAGUUAAACCCCCAGAAGAACGCAUCCAUAUCAUCGUGCAACCACUCUCCACCACUGGAAAAAGAAAACUAGAAGGAGCGGACGAGAAAAAUGAAGGCCAAGAAA